GCUCUGAGCCAGGCAUGAAGUGCUACAAGAAGAACGAUUAUUGGAGCUCGUGCAAUCAAACUUGCAACCCAAACUACUUGUGGAUGGAGACCGGCUGGGUCAAGACGGACGACACACACUGGGACUGCGAGGUCAUCACUAUCGAUAGUACCGAUGUUUCGACUGAUUCCGAUGCUGGUAAUGCUGCUGAUGCCGUUGCUUCGACAGACUCCGAGUGCUCGCCAAACGGGGAGUCUUGCGCACAGACCAUGUGCUGCUCUGAGCCUGGCGCAAAGUGCUACAAGAAGAAUGACCAUUGGAGCUCGUGCAACCAAACUUGCGACCCUUUCAGUGUGUGGGAGGUGGACCGCUGGGUGGUGACGAACGAGACAGUCUGGGACUGCUCUGGGACUGCGAGGAGGUUCGGCCGCCGUGCUCGCAAGCCGGGGAGUCUUGCGCACUUACACAGUGUUGUUCUGAGCCAGGCGCAAGUUGCUACAAGAAAAACGACUACUGGUUCGCGUGCAACCUGACUUGCGACCCCAAUUCGAUGUGGAUGGAGGACCGCUGGGUCAAGACGAACGAAACAGUCUGGGACUGCGGGGUCAUCGCUAUCGAAAGUACUGAUAAUGCCACCGAUGCCGCUGAUACCGAUGCUCCAGCAGACUCCGCUAGCAGCUCCGAUGCCUCGACAGCCUCCGCCUGCUCUCAGAACGGGGAGUCUUGCGCACAGACCAUGUGCUGCUCCGAGCCUGGCGCAAAGUGCUACAAGAAGAAUGACCAUUGGAGCUCGUGCAACCAAACUUGCGACCCGCUCAGUUUGUGGGAGGUGGACCGCUGGGUGGUGACGAACGAGACAGUCUGGGACUGCGAGGAGGUUCGGCCGCCGUGCACGCCCAACGGGGCGUCUUGCGCACUUUCCCAGUGCUGCUCUGAGCCAGGCGCGAAGUGCUACAAGAAGAACGAUUAUUGGAGCUCGUGUAAUCAAACUUGCAACCCAAACUACUUGUGGAUGGAAACGAUCAUUGGAGCUCGUGCAAUCAAACUUGCAACCCAAACUACUUGUGGAUGGAGACCGGCUGGGUCAAGACGAACGAGACAGUUUGGGACUGCGAGGUCAUCACUAUCGAUAGUACCGAUGUUUCGACUGCCUCCGAUACGACUGACUCCGCGAGCAGCUCCGAUGCCUCGACAUCCUCCGUGUGUUCGCCAAACGGGGAGUCUUGUGCACUUACCAAGUGCUGCGCUGAGGCUGGCUCGAAGUGCUACAAGAAAAAUGGCAAUUGGAGUUCGUGCAACCAAUCUUGCGACCCAAACUCCAUGUGGCAGGUGGACCGCUGGGUCACGACGGACGAGGCAGUCUGGGACUGCGAGGAAGUCAGUCUCCCGUGCUCGCCUAACGGGGCGUCUUGCGCACUUUCCCAGUGCUGCUCCGAUCCUGACUCGAAGUGCUACAAGAAGCCAUUUUGGCUCAAGCCAGUUUUGCCCGGGGCCCGAUUCUGGCGCUCCCGCCCGACAGGCUCCCGCCGUAGUUCGAUCAUUCGCUGCCAUGCGCGCGGACAGGAGCCCGUUCUUGCCGCUCCAGCUCCCUCUCGAAAGCGACUGCGAGCCAGGAGAGGUCGCCCCCGCGCGGGCCCUGCGCGCGCCGCGCGCGCAGCGCGCUCGGGCCGCGGCGGCAGCGCUGUCGGCGGCUGCGGCGGCGCUGGCUCUGCUGGCUAUGGCUUGGCGCGCGGGGCCCUCCACGGGGGCCGCGACUCUUGCCUCGCCUGAGGCUAUCAUUGUCGAGGCCGCCAGCGCAGAUGCCAACGAAUCAGCGGAUCCUGACGAGAGCGACCCGUGCUCGCAGACCGGGGCGUCCUGCGCAGUUUCCAAGUGCUGCUCUGAGCCAGGCUCGAAGUGCUACAAGAAGAACGACUACUGGUUCGCGUGCAACCAAACCUGCAACCCAUACUACAUGUGGAAGGACGGCGGCUGGGUCAAGACAAACGAGACAGUCUGGGAUUGCGAGGAGAUCCGGCCGCCGUGCACGCCUAACGGAGAGUCUUGCGCACUUUCCAAGUGCUGCUCUGAGCCAGGCAUGAAGUGCUACAAGAAGAACGAUUAUUGGAGCUCGUGCAAUCAAACUUGCAACCCAAACUACUUGUGGAUGGAGACCGGCUGGGUCAAGACGGACGACACACACUGGGACUGCGAGGUCAUCACUAUCGAUAGUACCGAUGUUUCGACUGAUUCCGAUGCUGGUAAUGCUGCUGAUGCCGUUGCUUCGACAGACUCCGAGUGCUCGCCAAACGGGGAGUCUUGCGCACAGACCAUGUGCUGCUCUGAGCCUGGCGCAAAGUGCUACAAGAAGAAUGACCAUUGGAGCUCGUGCAACCAAACUUGCGACCCUUUCAGUGUGUGGGAGGUGGACCGCUGGGUGGUGACGAACGAGACAGUCUGGGACUGCGAGGAGGUUCGGUUCGGCCGCCGUGCUCGCAAGCCGGGGAGUCUUGCGCACUUACACAGUGUUGUUCUGAGCCAGGCGCAAGUUGCUACAAGAAAAACGACUACUGGUUCGCGUGCAACCUGACUUGCGACCCCAAUUCGAUGUGGAUGGAGGACCGCUGGGUCAAGACGAACGAAACAGUCUGGGACUGCGGGGUCAUCGCUAUCGAAAGUACUGAUAAUGCCACCGAUGCCGCUGAUACCGAUGCUCCAGCAGACUCCGCUAGCAGCUCCGAUGCCUCGACAGCCUCCGCCUGCUCUCAGAACGGGGAGUCUUGCGCACAGACCAUGUGCUGCUCCGAGCCUGGCGCAAAGUGCUACAAGAAGAAUGACCAUUGGAGCUCGUGCAACCAAACUUGCGACCCGCUCAGUUUGUGGGAGGUGGACCGCUGGGUGGUGACGAACGAGACAGUCUGGGACUGCGAGGAGGUUCGGCCGCCGUGCACGCCCAACGGGGCGUCUUGCGCACUUUCCCAGUGCUGCUCUGAGCCAGGCGCGAAGUGCUACAAGAAGAACGAUUAUUGGAGCUCGUGUAAUCAAACUUGCAACCCAAACUACUUGUGGAUGGAGACCGGCUGGGUGGUGACGAACGAGACAGUCUGGGACUGCGAGGACCUCACCGUGAGUCCUGUCGAAUCAGCAGAUCCCAUCGCUGAUGCAGAAGCCGAGGACCAGAACAACACGUGUUCACAGAAUGGGGCGUCCUGCGCACUUUCCCAGUGCUGUGCUGAGCCUGGCUCGAAGUGCUACAAGAAGAACGACUACUGGAGUUCGUGCAACCAAACCUGCAACCCGUACUACAUGUGGCAGGUGGACCGCUGGGUCGAGACGAACGAGACAGUCUGGGACUGCGAGGAGGUUCGGCCGCCGUGCACGCCUAACGGAGAGUCUUGCGCACUUUCCAAGUGCUGCUCUGAGCCAGGCAUGAAGUGCUACAAGAAGAACGAUCAUUGGAGCUCGUGCAAUCAAACUUGCAACCCAAACUACUUGUGGAUGGAGACCGGCUGGGUCAAGACGAACGAGACAGUUUGGGACUGCGAGGUCAUCACUAUCGAUAGUACCGAUGUUUCGACUGCCUCCGAUACGACUGACUCCGCGAGCAGCUCCGAUGCCUCGACAUCCUCCGUGUGUUCGCCAAACGGGGAGUCUUGUGCACUUACCAAGUGCUGCGCUGAGGCUGGCUCGAAGUGCUACAAGAAAAAUGGCAAUUGGAGUUCGUGCAACCAAUCUUGCGACCCAAACUCCAUGUGGCAGGUGGACCGCUGGGUCACGACGGACGAGGCAGUCUGGGACUGCGAGGAAGUCAGUCUCCCGUGCUCGCCUAACGGGGCGUCUUGCGCACUUUCCCAGUGCUGCUCCGAUCCUGACUCGAAGUGCUACAAGAAGAACGACCAUUGGAUCGCGUGCAACCAGACCUGCGACCCGAACUCCAUGUGGACGGAGGGCGGCUGGGUGGUGACGAGCGAGGCAGUCUGGGAUUGCGGGGAACACAUUAUCGAUGGUUCUGAAGCUUCGCAGAAUCUCUGGGACUGGUUGCUCCACCUGUUCGGUAGGUAGCAGUUCGCAGUCCCAGUCGUCGUUUCCUCACCUCUCGUCUCGCAUUCCCUCACUUCCCCCUUCAUCUCAUCUUGUCCUUCUCGUGCUCUCCCAUGAAGGGCUGCGCCCAUUUAGGGCGCCAAAAUGCUAAUCAACAGAUCGUUGAUCAGACAGGCCCAGAGGAAGCAUUCCACUCAUCAGGCGUUCUCAGCAUACUGGAAGGGACGGUCAGAGAGCGCGUUUUCAAUUUUUUUGAGUUGCCACAGGUCUGUAUUGCAUGUCAGGCCGUUGGGCUACUUCUUCACAUUCUGUCAGUGACCCUGACGAAGGAGUGGAGGCCUUCAGUUGUGAAGUUUUGAAUUGCCUUCUGCUCUGAUAUUUAGCUAUCCGCGGCAAGUGCCGCCACAGUGCCUGCCCAGCAUUCUGGUUGGCGAUGUUUCGAGUUGAUCUGCGAGCAUGGGCGGGGGGGGGGUACAGAGCAGCACAACGUGCAGGCACGGUGGCGGAGCGGAUGCCGCGAUGCCCACCUGAAAGCUUGGCGUGGGCGCCGCUGUUAAGCAAACAGUAGUUCCUUUGCUGCAGGUAAAAAAAA